AAGUAUCAAUGUCUGCUAUGUUGUUUUCUGAAAAUUUAAAAAAACGUUCUCAGAAAUGGCUACUCGGGAAAGCCUUCCCCUUAAUUCCUUUAAAUUAAAUAACGAUGACCGUGUCAGUCCGUUUAAAGUUGCCGUUCUUGUUUUUGUUCGGGAAUACUGCACUGCUCGUUUGGCCCAAUUGGGAAUGUCUCCUCAUUCUCACUACAAUUCCAUCCCGCCCUUUUCACCCCAGCAAUGUAAAGAUUUUUGCCUGCUGUCACUUGAGCUUAUCCAGUGUUAUGAUGUCACCUGGGAAGAUUUUGAAAUUAUUCUAGAACCAGGACACUACAACCUUAAUGCCACUAUAGUUUCUGAGUUCAUUCAGAGUCUGCAACAGAUUGUUAAAGAUGGAGCGUCUGGGUUGCUCGAUCUUGGAGAAAGUUUGGAAAAACUCUUGAUGGAACCAGCCAAAGGCAAACCUAUGAUCAGAAGAGACAGUGUACUUGGCAUUUUUAUUAGGAAAAUGGUUCUGCAAUUGGAUAGAAUGACAUUUGAAGGAACAGUGGAACUGAGCAAUAACCUCACAACAUAUCUGGACAAAUCGAAACAAAGUGAUGAUCCCCUAGAAAUGGUGCAAGUAUCAAGAAAGCAAGCUGAACUGCUUGUAUCCCAACAACUAACUAUGCUUCAGAGGAAUGAGAGCUUGGCCCACAGCCCUGUAAACUUGCAGAAAAUCAUUGACCGUAUUCUACAUGAGAAUAAAGAUUUUGCAGAGGCAAACUUUCUUGCUCACUUGAAUGAAAUGAGAUGUCAAGACUUUGGCCAAGCUCAAAAGAGACUCCAUCAGUCGUAUGAUCAAGGAACCAUUUCUGUUGAAGGCCUUAUCCAUACCAAGCUAGAAGAAAAUUUGAUGAAUAAUAAGACAUUUCGCCACGCAUCGCUGAACAUGGCUUUCUUACACGCUUCUUUUGGGCAUCACAAGCUGGCAGUUACGGCUUUGCGCGAGACAGUUGCCUUGUCGGGAGAAGCAGCUGACCACGUCUGUCUUCAAGAAUCACUCGCUUGGUUCUGUCAUUUGGAAGAAAAUCCCGAAAUGAGAUUGAAGAUGAUGGAGCGUCUCGUGACCAAGUCUAGUGAAUCCAACCUGCACUAUCUCGCUUCCCUUGGUUUGGCAAUGUGGACUCAAGAUUGCGCCUUAACUGGAGUUGAUCCAACAAGAAUCUUUGAAUACCUUCACACUAAUGAUGUCGCUAAUUGUCAACAUUCACUCACGGACAUGACGUUAACUUGUUUGGCUUUAAGAGCAGCCAUUUGGAAUUUUUAUGGUUAUCCUAGGAACGCUUUGCAGGUAUCCCAAUUGUUGCUGACGUUGCACACCGGGGACCCGACCAAGGGCAACAUCUAUUACAACAACGAGCACAUGCAUAUGGCUAUUUGUAACAUUGCUCUACAUCUUUCCCGGGAAGGACGUUAUGUCGACGCAGAGUCGAUAACCAAAUUUGCAGCUAGCCAGUACGCCUUUCAGCAACAUUCACAGAUGUGGAAAAUGACGGACCUACACGUGACAUUCUACCGAACACUUUGGCUUGGGCAAUGGGACAAAGCCGAACUAAUCGUCUCCCAACUGGCCGUGUUUGACCGUGCUGAAAGCCAGGCUAAAAAAGCUCAUUUGAUGUUGUGUAAAGGUGAUACCUCUCAGGGAAAAUUCGUACUGAAUGCUUUGGAGGAAAAGCUUUCAAACACCAAAGAGUCCAGUAACCAUCGAAUGCCCAAUCCUGGGUGGAAAAUGGGUCAGAAACUAAGGCUUCAAGUUCAGUGUUUGAUGCUUCGUGCUGUGCUACUUUCUGCACGACAGAACUUUGUCGAAGCACUUUUGCAAAUUAGUCAAGCUUCGGACAUUUGCACCAAACAUCACAUGAGCCUCGAGCUCGCUUUGGUUGGAAUGCAAUCGGCUGAAAUCCAGUUAUUGAUGAAUUUUACCGCCAACGCGCUGGAUCUAGUCCGCAAACACCUCAACAUCAUUUACACGCAUGGAUCAUUAUUCGAGCAGGGUGCUGCAACAUAUUUAAUGGCGAGGUGUUUGCUUGCUGAGAGCGGGGCCAAGAAAUGUGACCCCGGGGAGUUAAAAAGCAAGAAAGCGGAGAUCUUUCCUCUCCUAACUCGAGCUAAAAAAAUCUUUAAUCAAAUCGAAGCUUUUCAUCACGUCAAGGACGUUGUCUUUUUGGAGGCCUUGCUCUACAACCAUCUAGGUUACGAAAAAGAAAGAAAUACGCGAGCAAUGCUUUUCAAACAGCUCGAUGAAUUGUACCCCCUCAAAACAUCAAACAACAUACAGAUUUUCAUUAGUCUCUAAUCUCUUGUUAUCGUAAUACAAUCCGUAUACUCUAA